AUGGAGUUCCUGCUGCUUCCCAGAGUCACGGGGAAUCUACCGUCAACGGAUAUUAAUACCAUCAAAUGGAAAAUUCCACAGGGUGUGAAUUUGGCAGAUCCGGCAUUCGAUACUUCCACCUCCGUAGAUUUAAUCCUGGGCAUCCAACACUUCUUCGCGUUCUUCAUACCUGGUAGAGAAGUACAGCUAGGAGAAGGACUACCCAAGUUAUCCGAAUCGGUGUUUGGAUGGGUGGUGACCGGUACCGUGGUCUCGGCUGGUGUCUCCUCGUAUCGUUGCAAUGUUGCUUCUACUGUUAAAUUGGAGGAACUGUUGGAAAGAUUUUGGUCGUGUGAAGAAGUUGACACCGCAAACAAUUAUUCUCCCGAAGAGUCACGUUUUGAAGAACAGUUUGUACGUUCCGUUAAAAGAGGUUCUGAUGGAAAAUACAAGGUCUCUCUUCCGAAAAAUGAGGAUGCUUUUGCAAAAAUAGGCGAGUCAAGGGACAUCGCCCUACGGCGUUUCCAAGGAUUGGAGCGCAGACUUUCAAAUGACUCAGAUCUGCGCAACCAAUACAUCCAAUUUAUGGAGGAAUAUCUGCACCUAGGGCACAUGCGCAAGGUGGACGCUUGCAAGGAAAUUUCAAUUAAAAGAUGCUUCCUCCCACAUCAUCCGGUGAUAAAGCAAACAAGUUCAACUACAAAACUUAGGGUGGUAUUCGAUGCGUCCUGUAAAACUUCCAGUGGAAUAGCUCUGAACGACGCACUUUUGACAGGACCGGUGAUACAGGAAGAUCUUCGGUCAAUUAUUCUGCGCUGUCGUACGAAGCAGAUAAUGAUGUUGGUGGCUGACGUCGAAAAGAUGUUCCGUCAGAUCAUUAUGGACGAAAAUGAUAUGUCGUUUCAGAGUAUUCUGUGGCGAACCAAUACUGAGGAAGAGAUUGGAACGUACGAACUGUCCACUGUUACAUAUGGAACGAAACCGGCUCCAUUCUUGGCAACACGUACGCUCAAACAGCUAGCAGUAGAUGAGCAAACGAAUUUUCCACAGGCAGCCAAAGUUAUAAAUACAGAUGUCUACAUGGAUGAUGUACUGACGGGUACAAAUGACGUCAAUGAGGCGGUGGUUUUGAGAGGUCAACUUGAUGCAUUAUUAAAAAGCGGAGGGUUCAGGUUGCGGAAAUGGGUUUCCAACUGCGAUGAGGUGAUGCAAGGUGUACCGGAGGAGGAUCUAGGUUUGGAAAGACAGGAGCAAAUUGAACUCGAUCCAGAUCCAGCAGUUCGGACAUUAGGAUUGAUGUGGUCUCCUAAAAACGAUGUACUGAAGCUGCAGUUUCCGAUACCAGGGGUCUUGUCGGUGCAGUAA